AUGAACUCAAAAAGCCUCAAAAUAUGUUUAUUGGUGUCCAUAACUUUCUUGAUCAUUGCUGCCACUGUCAUAUUAGCAUUAGCUUUCACAAUCUUCAAACCCAAGAACCCAUAUGUAAGUGUCCACCCACUAGGACUCGAAGACCUUGAAUUUUUCCAACCAAACUCAACAAGUGUACCUCUAAAAAUGUUAAUCACAAUAGUGAACCCAAACUAUGGAAGCUUCAAGAGCAAAAAUGCCACUGGUUACCUUAACUAUCAAGACACUGUAAUAGCCAAUGUUCCUUUAGAACCAAAGCUUCUCCCGGCUCGUCGAACUACUAAUGUGACCACGACUGCUGGUCUUAUGAGCGGAAAACUGAUUUCUGAUGAUAGCUUUUUGAAAGAUAUUGAAGAUUCUUCUUUCAAUUUAACAGCAAAGGCAACACUUCAUGGAAAAGUGUAUUUGAUCAAGAUUUUUAAGAUGAAGGCUACGGUUGAUAUCUUUUGUGACAUCUUCUUUAACAUAAGUUCCUUGUAUACUGAUUCCAACUGCUUAACCAGAAUCAAGGUGUGA